AUUUCGGUUCAUUACUACAACUCAACCGUAGAUAUUUAUUCGGCGUCCUCCACAGGAAACGUGGUACGAUGAACCACCGGAACGCCGGAGAUGGGAAUAUUGUUUGUUUGUUUGUUUGUGUCUCGUAACAACAGCCAAUUGUCAUCGAAUAUGCACUUCGCGAGUUCAUAUUUUCAAGAUGUUAAAGCAAUACAUAAGAGCGGGCGUCCACGCAACAGAGGGAGAAUUAUAUAUGCCAGGACGUUGCUUCCUACGAUUUUAACUAUUAGUAUCGCUCGAGAGUUUCGUUCCAUAACAACAUAAUCGCCUCUCCCUUUCUUUUAAACCCUAUAGAGAAUUGCCACUUAACCAUUCCAUAUCACACCCGUCAACAUCCAAGAUGGCUGUCGCUGCGCCCAUCUCUCCGGAGCAUAUCGCCAUCGUCAAGGCGACUGCUCCGGUUUUGAAGGAACACGGUACGGCGAUUACAACUCUCUUCUACAAUAAUCUGAUCACUGCUCAUCCGGAGCUCAAGAACGUCUUUAGCAUGUCCAAUCAAAGUAGCGGGGCUCAGCCGCGAGCUCUAGCCCGCGCCGUUUUUGCCUAUGCCACCUACGUUGACGAUCUCGGCCAGCUGAAAGCUCUCGUAGAGCGUAUCGCACACAAGCAUGAGAGUCUUAACGUCCAGGCCGACCAAUACCCUAUUGUAGGAAAACAUUUGAUAGAGGCCGUGGCCGCUGUGCUAGGUGAUGCUUGCACUCCCGAAAUCGCCGAGGCCUGGACCGUCGCCUACGGUGCAUUGGCCGAUAUUUUCAUCAAUAGGGAAAAGCAAUUGUACGCUGCUCACCAAAACUGGCAGGGCUGGCGCCGCUUCAAGAUCCAACGCAAGGUGUCAGAGACAUCCGAGAUUACCAGUUUUUAUCUCGUACCCGAAGACGGACAGCCGCUCCCGUCAUUUCUGCCGGGACAAUACAUUAGUCUUCAAGUAUUCGUUCCUCAAAUGGGCCACAUGCAACCCAGGCAAUACUCGCUAAGCGAAGCACCACGUACUGAUUACUACCGCAUCAGCGUGAAGAAAGAUAAGGGCAAACAGGCUGGCGUUCCGGGAUUAAUCUCCAAUCUGCUGCACGAAAAUUACAAAGAGGGUGACGUUCUCGAGCUGACGGCGCCUGCUGGGGAGUUUUUCGUUGACCCCAAGGAAGAUGAGAGCAAACCUAUCGCUCUUAUAUCUGCGGGAGUUGGUCUUACACCUAUGCUGUCUAUUCUCAACAGUGCCGUAAACGCGGGAUCCCGCCGGCGCAUCUCGUGGAUACACGGUGUACAUAGCUCCGAGGACCGCGCGUUUAACGACCAUAUCCGAGACACGUGCGCUAAGGAUGUUAAUAGUAAUAUCAAGGCAAUGUUCUUUGUUACGUCGCCCCAACAGCGCGAUGUUGAAGGAGUUGACUACCACUUCGUCGGAAGAGUAGACCUCGGCAAGGUUGACCCCAAGUCUAACCUGUUUCUCGAUGACGCACGCGCCGAGUACUUCAUCUGUGGUCCUUACCCGUUCAUGAAAGAUACGGAGAAGUAUCUAGUCGGUGUUGGGGUAAGCCCAGAGCGGAUACAUCUCGAAGUCUUCGGCACCGGAGAUCAGUAGAUGGUUUACUUGAUCGUUGAGAAGUCAAGCUAUAGAGGCCCGAUGAGUAUUAUUCCGGGGCAAGCGCUGUUCAUACAGUAUAUACUUCAUUUAGUCUGAAUUCGGAUUACUUGAUGGUGCUAGGCGUCGUCGGUAUGGGGGUAUUCUUAAAUAUUUAGAUUGAUUCCUCUCUAAUAAGCUGUUUAUCAAAUAUCGUCGGAUUCGUUGGCAAGACCUAUUAUUCUUACCAGUCAAAUGAUUUAUGAAACUCUUAGCAUCAAUUUUAACGAGAUCCAUUUUUCCUCCAGAAGACAAAUGAUUUGGGGGGGCCACGUGUAAAUAAUCACGUACACCUUUGUUUCUUACCUAGCCGAAUUGUCACCUAGGGUAAUUAUAACAAAUAAAAAAAUAUAGAAUACGAUGUAGGCUCUUGAGUUUAUUACCCUGCCGGAUCUAUUACAAGGAAAUAAGUAGCACCGGUGUUUGAAAGCAUUAGAAGAUGCAAACUUGGGUUGGAAGUCGAGGAAUAAUACCCCAAGCCUCUUUUUUUCUGGGGUUUAGUAAUUUG